AUGGACUGCUUGCUUGGUUACGUUCUGAUAAGAAGAAGACUAUUGCCAUGUAUAACUCGUGUACAAGAGAAUACAAAAUACUACCCUCUACACUGUUUGAGUUGCGCAUACCUAGCUAGCAGUAAGGAAAAUGACAAAUUUCGUUGGGAACCAACUCUUUAUGGAUUUGGGUACGAUCCCAUUAAUGAAGACUAUAAAGUUGUGAAGAUUGUUGACUAUUAUGGUACUACUAUUGACAGCCUGCGUAUCACCGUGCUAAUAAAGGGGAGUAUAUAUGGUGUGUUUGCUAACAGUGCUGUUCAGUGGACAGCAAGUACUGAAAUAUUAAGACGAGACCGUUCGCCUACUAUGAUUGUUGCAUUUGGUUUUGGAGUUGAAGGUUUUAGGAUUAUAGUGAAAGCUGUAGAUUUUUUGGCCAAUGAGCAUGAUUAUUUUGAUUUGGGGGUUCUAGGAGGUUGCUUGUGUUUGCUUUGUGCUCAGAUCUGUUCUCGUGUGCAGAUAUGGGCUAUGAAGGACUCUUGGAGUAAGUUGUCUACUGUUGUUUCAGAGCUGCAAGUGGAUCGAUAUAACUUUUAUGUUAGAACUUUAGCUUAUUCAAAGAGUGAGGACAAAGUUCUCUUGGGAUUGGAUAAUACAUUAUUUGUUUGGUGUGAUUCGAGGAUGAGAAAAUCCGAGCUUGUCAAGAUUCAUGGGGCUCCAGGGGUGGUUGCAACUGAGAUUUUUGUAGGAAGCCUUGUUACACUAAAAAAUGGUGGUGGAGGUGGCAAGAUUGAUAGUGGAGGCACAAGAGAAAAAGAAUACCAGGAAUAA